AUGGCGGGUGGAAAUUUCAUGCACAGGGUGCUUUCCUAUGUGGUGAAUGAGCUUAUCGUCAACGGUUUAGCCAACAGCCCUUCGUUUCAGAGGUUUGCUGUGAGGACAUCAAAGAGGUUGGAGGAUGUUUCAAGUCUUGCCGGGAAGACUAAACAAGAACUUGCUGAGCGUAUGAGGAAUGUAACCGAUAAUUUCAAGAAAUAG